UCUCUUUAUUCAUGCUAUUUGCUUACAAAGUAACACUUUUAUGAUGGCCUAUGUACAGAGUAUUACCAAUUCCUCCAAUCAAGAAAGCCUAUCUAGCAAUAGCAACAUGAUUGGUGCAGAUCUUCAGCUAUCACUACCUCCAAUUAGCAAAUUGGCUGCUGUCAUAACUGAAACUCAUCAAGCAGUGACUAUUCAACAGCAAUAUUGUGACAGCAUACACGAGGUCAUUGCUCAGAAGAAGCGGCACAAAAUUCAGCAAGAGAACAAAAUCUUGGAGCUCCAGGCUGAGGUGACCAAGCUCCAGGACAGCUGUGCUCUUCUCAAGACUACAAAAGAUGGUCUUGAUGCUGCUGUGCUGAAUGGUCGUCAAGCUGCUGAUGACGCUGUAUCUGAAGUUGCAGAAGAAGAGAAGCAACUUGAAAAUUUGAUGAAAAAGUUGUCAAAUUCUAGAAGUUUCCAGUUCCACAAAGCCAAGUUGGUCAAGGACCGCUUUCCACCACGCUGUCAUAUGGCUGCAGAAAAACUGCAGCAAUUGAAGGCUCAGAAGACUCAGCUUUUGCAGCAUCAGGCACAAUUUUUAAAUCUUAACGCAUCUAAGGAAUCCACCCGCUGGAAGAAACUCCGCAACUCGAUAGUCAUCUUGGCCGAGUGUAUGGUGGAGCACCGACGCCUGACGCUAGCCAACAACAAUUCCAGCACUCGUUUCUGCGAUUCAAGUGACAGCAGCGCCCCGCCUCCUCUUCCGCCCGCUAUGAAAUACAAGUCGUACAAUCCUCGCUCGACGAUGAAGCUUAAGGUCUCAUUUAACCUCGUGGGCGAUGAUGACUCAUUCGUCAGUGACGUAGGGCAGCUGCUAUCGGAAGACCAGGAUUCUUCAUUAUUAUCUUCUCAGUCUGGAAGUGCGCCUGCCCAACACGAUCCAUUUUCUCGUCCCGCACCACAAAACCCUGCCAUCGCGUCAUCACGAACUCUCACUAUACAAGAGACCAACUAUCGCCGUGCUUCUUUCACCAGUGAGAGUUCACACAGCCCCGCGAAAACCCCCACCAGCAGUGACUCUACUUAUACAAGCUCCGAGCCUGUGAUGCAAACCAAGGUUCAUGUGGACACUCCACGGCCACCCUCCUCUUGCUCCCUGCAGCGUUGGUCCUUGCCUAAGCUGCAGUUUCAGUUUGGCAACACGGGAACAAAACGCCCUUCGUUGUCCCUCAGUCGAGCUGAUUCUCCAUUAGCCGCUUCCAAGAUCUCCUGCCCUCCAGCUCAGCGUACUGCAUCUGUCAGCCCUCAGAACACAGCAAUUCUUCAUGCCAACCAGUAUGCGAAAACAGGGUGUGCUUCUCCAGCUCUGAAAACCUCCACUCCGGUGUCCACUUCGAGUGUCCCGAAACUUGUGUCAACGUUGUCUGUUACUAAACAAAUUUCCACUACAACUGCUCGCACCUUUCUGUAUAAAUCAACUUUACUUACGCCAAUGUGUACUUCAACUCCUUCCGGACCCAGGUCAUAUUCAACUGUUCCUAAGACUUUGGUUUCUUCAGCUGUUCCUGUGUCUGUGAUUUCUUCUACUGUUUCUACGUCGCUGUCGGAUUCUACUAUACAAACCACAAAUACUUUGGCUAAUAGCUCGGCAAUGGAAACUACAUGUCUGGAGGAAGAAUCGCUUCAUACGCGAAUGGAAAUUGAAACUCCUGAGGCCUCAAACAAUAUUGAUAUUCCGUCCUCUUCUUGCACCUCUAUUGCUACAGAAAUAUCCAUAGCUAAACCAAGUCAUGCUAAAACCAGCACUGCCUCUCAUUGUGACGAUUCCGGCGAAGUUUUGAUUCCGAAAUCUGUAUCCCAAGUGAACAAUAGUUUCUCGAUGACUCCAUCUCUCGCGUCUAUUCCUUUGGUUGCGCCACAUCCUGAACAAAGACCUGAUGCACGCUGGUGCAGCAACGAGGAAGUUGCCCCUGCCAAUCACCACCAGCCUGAGCCUGUUGAGACUGCGACAUCAUGUCAAGAGAACGUCACUAUGAUGAAGCGCAUGCUGUCAACUGAAGAGGAUCGUCCUGCAAAAUUAAGCUCUGGGUCUGAGGCUUCUGCGUCCGAGCAAAGCAACUCUACACAGCUGCGCUAUUCGCGAGCACCGAUAUUUUCCGAUGGGCCAGCUGAAGCCUCGACUUCGGAAACGCUGCCUACACCAAUGGAUACCAGUGAGAGAUGCGUUUCCCCCGACCUGAACAUUCCAUUUUCUAACAAAGAUAACGGCAUUGCGGAGAAUGUGAGCACGCCUAAUGGGAACACUAUCGCUCCUCGAGCGUCGACCUCAUUUGCUACCAACAAAAACGCUUUCACUACCAAAGAUGAUUGUCGCAAUAUCGUUCAAAAGUCAGUUUCAUCUUUCGCGUCCGUUUUGGUCUCCCGUUCUUCAACACCAGUUUCUUCUAUGCAGCAACCGAGCGUUUCGAUUAAUUCCUUGAUCGCCUCGCCUGCAUCGUCUACCAAUUCGGAAAGUCAUAAGAAAUCGGUUCGCGAUUCUGUACUUCACUAUCCAUCUGCGCAGUCUCCAGCUUUGUUGAAUUCGACUGCGCCUCUUGAUUCCAGAUGUCAUUCUGCUUUCAGCUCUCCAGUUCUUUUCAUGGCCCCUAGCUCACCUAUACCACGAGCGUCUACUUCUCCACUGAUCAAAAUGCCUUCAGUAGAUUUCCUGCCACCUCGCUUCGUUGGGUCCUCCAUGUAUCGACCUAAUUCAGCAAUGCCACAUUCCAACUUACCCAUAAACCGACAACGAAACUUCGCCUCUCUUACCGACCGAACUUCAGAAUUCCGCACCAACUCGCCCCAUGAGCACAUUUCUCGUGGUUCCCCUCUCCCGUCACAGGACUCGGGAAACGCAAAGGCUCCAGAUGACGCCGUGACUAAUGAAGCCGCUGCCGUUCCUGCCAUCGCAGACGCUAUAAAUUUCUCGAGCACAGCCCCCCCACAGACGGCUCCAACAGCGAAGGUGAUGCCGGCCAAAAAUGAUAUCUUCUCCCCAUUGUUUAAGAUGACGAACAACUCUCUGGAGAGCAUCUCUGCUGAAAGCCCUGGGACCUCCAACUCGUUGUUCCAGCAGCUGCAGGGCGAUCUUCAGAAUAACAUGACUGCGUUGAACCUAUUCGGCUCGAUUCAGAUGCAGGGUAAUGACGAGACGAGCUCCAGGCCGAGCGCUGACGAGGGUGCAGGUACAUCUUAUGGUCUCUCUAUCUUCGGCGACGCAAACACUACUGCCGACUCGUCUGCUCCGGAGCCCCAUGGGUUCUUCAACCUUUUCGGAAAUUCAUCGUCGACUCCUAGCGAUGGCAAUUUCUUGUCGGUUUUCAGUCAGACGUUCUCAGAGACCGAGACCCCAACUACCGCAACUAGCUCUACUUUCUCUAUAUUCUAAAAAGUUCCUUCUUGUCUGUCGUUUAAAACCUUCAAUGUCGUAAGAAUACCGUGGAGGCUUUCAUCUCAAAAAUACAUUUUAACUCAACUUUCUUCCUAAGUGGAGCAAUUGUAUUGGAUAAGUUUAUUCUAUUUCACCUAACUAUAUAACUGUUGUCAAGGAUGCAGACAUGUUCACUGAUGUUACGGAGUGGGUUACAUACACCUGAUGCUAACCAUCAAAUAUACUUUAGUUUAUAUUGGAUUAAGAUCCUCAGAUUUUUUCUGUAGCGUUUUGCUCAUAGUUUUUUAUUUAUUUGAUUUUUAUUUAGUACUUAAGGUAAUCGGUUUACGGAGCAGAGGAUAAGCUUAUGAAACUAGAAGAGGAUUUCUAUGUUGCACUCAGGAUUGAGUAUAGACCUUUAUUGCUGAAUAUUUUAUCCGCAGUCACUGCUUGGAUAUUUUCGAUCAACUAAUUUGCUAACUUCAUGUUCCGUAGUGUUAAGGCUUGAUUCAUACUAUCUAUGAAGGAUUACUUUUAAAGCGAAUACUGUGGUCACGUUCUGUUGAUCCCAUCGAUCAUUUCUGUUCCACACUGACCAUAAAGUGUGCCCUUCCGAUUUCUAUUAUCUUAAUUUAUUUCUACCUGAAAGUAGCCCGUAUUUAUUGCGCUCGGCAAAUUUUACCCUUUUCAGCUCAAAUGAUUAAGUUUAUUGCACUGAAUCAAAUAGGAAUAAAUUUCCAGCCUUAUCCCAUUGGCUCCUAUUUUUUUGCUCUUCCGAAGUUGAAAUACGCGACUCAGGCUUAAGCGCCUGUCAAACUGUUGGUGGUAUAUGGGGUUAUUUUUCUUUAUCAUUUUGCACCAAUGCCUUUGAAUUGAUUCAUACAUUCUGAAGUGACGUCUCUAUGAUUUACCGUUUAUGUUCCUCCGGUUUAUAGACAUCUUGAAAGUCUCCUUGAGUUUUCGCUAUUUUUUUGUCUGUGUGUGUGUGUGGAUUAGCAUAUUUGUUGUCCACGGUUUGUUCGAAGCCAUUGUUCUGACUUCUGCGUUAUUCUCGCUCUAUUAGUUGAUAGAAAUAGUUUUAUAGCGGUGAUAAUAUUGCGCUUAGUAUGAAUAGUACCAUGAGUGUACUAUUCCUGCGUAGAAUAGUACUCAUGUUAAUAGAUAUAUGAGAUUUUUAUUUGGAAGUAUACCUAACUUUUC